GAAGAAAAUUGCCCCACUUCUUGAAGAGAGUUCUCAGAAGACCAGGGCUGGCAGCUCAGGUUACAGGGCAGGUAUAAAUAGCCAGUGCCUGCCAAGGAAAGGCUACUUGGCCGGAGAACCUGGAGCCCUAACAGAAGCUACUGCCAUGCUUCUUCUCCCUCUCUCCGUGCUGAUCCUGCUCACAUGGCCCCCAAGGUCACUGGGAGCAGAAGUGAAGACGUAUUCCCACAGAGCAGCGACCACCGCCUGCACCCUGGUCAUGUGUAGCCCUGUGGAGAAUGGUCUGCCUGGUCGCGAUGGACGGGAUGGGAGAGAGGGCCCCCGGGGCGAGAAGGGGGAUCCAGGUUUGCCAGGGGCUGUAGGGAGAGCAGGGAUGCCUGGCCCACCUGGCCCAGCUGGGCCCAAAGGUGACAAUGGCUCUGCUGGAGAACCUGGACCAAAGGGAGACUCUGGACCACGUGGACCUUCAGGACCUCCAGGUAUACCUGGCCCAGCUGGACGAGAUGGUGCCCCGGGGAGACAGGGGAACAUAGGGCCUCCAGGCACACCAGGCCUAAGAGGAGAGCCUGGGCCGAAAGGAGAACCGGGUGCCCCAGGCAUGCAGGGCUCUGCAGGGACACGAGGCCCCACAGGUCUUAAAGGAGACAGAGGUGCCCCUGGUGAGCGAGGAGCCCCUGGAAAUGCUGGGGUAGCCGGACCUGCUGGAGCCAAUGGUUCACAGGGACCUCCAGGUGCUAGGGGACCCCCAGGACUGAAAGGGGACAGAGGUGCUCCUGGGGACAAAGGAGCAAAGGGAGAGAGUGGGCUUCCAGACAUCGCUGCUCUGAGGCAGCAGGUGGAGGCCUUACAGGGACAGGUACAACACCUCCAGGACGCCUUCUCCCAAUACAAGAAAGUGGAACUCUUCCCCAACGGCCGAAGUGUGGGGGAGAAAAUCUUCAAGACAGGAGACUUUGAAAAAACUUUUGAGAAUGCAGAGCAGGUAUGCACACAGGCUGGGGGACAGAUGGCCUCUCCACGCUCUGCAGCCGAGAACGAGGCCUUAAAACAGCUGGUCAUGGCUCAGAACAAGGCAGCGUUCCUGAGCAUGACUGACAUGAAGGUGGAGGGCAAGUUCACCUACCCCUCAGGGGAGCCCCUGGUCUAUUCCAACUGGGCCCCAGGGGAGCCCAAUGACAAUGGAGGGGCAGAGGACUGCGUGGAGAUCUUUACCAACGGCAAGUGGAAUGACAAGAACUGUGGGGAGCAGCGCCUCGUGAUCUGCGAGUUCUGAGCCCCCCAGCGGGUGGGGCAGUGCUUGCCGCAGGAGCCUGGCUAGCGAGUCAGGGCCCAGACCCUGUGCUGCCAACACGCCAAUAAAAUGUGACUCCUCUGCUGGCCAGGGCUUCUCCACAGAGCCGUGCAACGAGGCCAGAGGGAGCGGCCCUGCCCAAUGCCUCUCAGAGUAGGAUCAGAAACUGGCUUCACACCUGGAAUGGCUGCCAGAGGAUGAAUGGGCCAGCCUGCCUUUCCAAUUGUGAGGGAUAAAAUUCAGUCCAAGACCUCCCUGUUACAAAAUCCGAUGGCUCCUCCUCAGCCCUCCUUCUCCUUGAACAAUCAGCCACAUUUGACCCAUCUAUCACUCCUUUACUCUUCCUCUUCUUGACUUCCGGGACACCACCCAUGCUUGCUUUUCUCUUAUCCUGAUGGCAACUCCUUAUCAGCCUCUUUGGCUGGUCCCUCCUCCUCUUCUUGGCCACUUAACGGUGGGGUGAGUGCCCACUCCUCAGCCCUUGGUUCUCCCCUCUCCUUACACUCACUCCAGGGGAGCUCAUUCUGGCUUUAAAUUCCCCCUAUGAUGGCUCCCACAAGUAGACCCUGUUCAGGACCUCUCCUGGAUCUACGGUCUCCUCUAGCCAAUGCAAGCUGGAGCCCCAGGGCAGGGAGGCCUCUGCAGUUGCCUCUUGCUUCAAGGCCUGAGCCCAGGACGCUGGGGGAUGAACUGGACGGAGCGUCCGCCUCGCCCACACCGCUCGGCUUCCAUCCACCCAGUGGCCUCCCCCACCUCCUGCUCUGCCUGGAAUCUCUGUCCAUGUCAGUAUGACUGCCCCUUGGUUCCUGGGAGGGAGUACCAGCUGUACAAUCCUAAAUCUGCCUGAAGUUUCAGGCACAGAGGCUGUCCAGCCACGCUCAAAGUCACCCCCAAACCUCUUGCCUGGCAGUUCCAGGAAUGUUCUCUCUCCACUCCACCUAGUCAAAUACUUCUCCCCAUUUACAGAUAAGGAAACCAAGACCAGGGGUGGGGGGCUUGCACUAGGCCACAGAUGGCAAUAUGCCACAGCUCAGUCAUGAAAAAGGUCUCAUACUUCUGGUCUGUAAAUUUUUUAGGCCAAAGGCCUCUGUGUAUUUAGUCUAUUUGAUUGACACACUACUGCAAAAGUGACACCUGCACUUAGAAACUGGAAUGACACCUGCAAGAACCAUAGGCUCACAGCAGAAGCAGCAAGUGCCUCCCCAAGACAGGAAACUGACCACUCACUCUGUCGUUCCCCGGAGCCAAGACAACUGCCCCUUCUGGCCUUCCUGAAGGGACCCCGAAGCCCCACCUCUCUUCCCAACACUCCUGCAGGUGCCCCUCAUAUAUAGCACAGCGUGUCUGAAAACAAGAGCCACCCCUCCCAAGGGCAUGCAGCCCAGUCUCUCCACAAAGUUUUUUUUUCCUGUUACUGAAAAAAAAAAACCAAUUCCUGGCAGCUUUUGAAAUAUGAGUCAGUUAUAUGAUAAACAGCCCUCCAGUACAGAGGCCAACCUGGACACCCUCAUCAAGGGAGUGUAGGACUUUUUAAAAUUACCAGUGAGAAAGAAACUAGAGCUAGUUUAAGCAAAAGAGGAGCAUUUUUUCCCUAAGAACAGAAAGUUCUGAAUUGACUCAAGUGGGACUGGGGAAGCAACAUUGUCCUACUCCCUGGCUUCUGCAGUGUUUUUUAGAUCCUCAUCGCUUUUUCUCCUUUACAUACCAGCUUCCUCUUCUUCUGGGUCUUUCCACUGCCCAAGUGUAGGGAAUUGUGUGUCUCUGAGAUUGCCACACAGAGACAAGAAACUUUUGUUUGAUGUCAGUGCAAUACUCCUAUGAGAAUGAAUUGGCUUGUCUCAGAUCCCUACCUCUGGUGCAAUUCCCUAAACCCGGGGGAUGGGACCCCACAGGACAGGAUGGCCCCGGGCAAGGUCCCCAUGGUCUGGGCACACACUCUAAAAGUGAUCGCUACCCGUCCCUGUACUUAAGCCAAGCAUAUUUCUUGACAAGAAGGAAGGAAAGAGUGGCAGAGCUAUGUGACUCAGCAGGAACAAAAACGUCUCCUGUGGCACUGACGGCCGGGAAAGUUGAGACCCCAAACUAGAAUAAGCUUUAGAUCCACCUGCCGUAUGGGGCCCCGUGGUCUGCUGUGCUGUCCAGCUCAGAGGACAAGUAAGGAGGGUCUUGGGGGCUCUGUAGACACAGGCCAACUAAAGCAGAGGACUGAGGCAACUAUUCAGGGAAAUUCAGGUCCUAACUCACUCUCGAGCCCAGAGGCCUCUCCUGCACUAACAUUCAUGGGCAAAGGGCCACCCAGAUAUUAAACAGUAUCAGCCCCACUCCGACUGUAGCAGCCAUGGCCCCUGGUUUAGGAGCCCAGGUGCCAAGUAAAGCCAGGGCUCUGUGACUCUCACAUUCUCUGGAGAUGUUAUGACCUUCACAAUGCCAGGUGACACGGGGGCAGGCUGGAGCCCUCCCCGCUGGGAAGACAGACAGCCACAGCAGUCUCAUGGGGAAACCUCCAUUUAGUUUAGUAGUCUAUUCUCAAGUCAUCUCCUAGUACUGGCACCAACCGGAAUGACACCCCAUAUUGAAUAGCCAGUGGGUUCCCUCUGGUGUUUGCUUUUCUAGGAUCCUAUGUUCUAAAUUUUCUUGAUAUAAACCACUGACAAUUGAGAAUCUUAAGUUCAGGGCAUUCUCAAUCACUCCUAACUUCCAGAUGUCCAUAAUUCAAGUUUGAACAUGUGCACUUGACCUUUUCAAGUUAUCUAUGUUUUACAUACUAAGCAUCUAUCAAGGAGAAUAGAAUAUUAAUUUCUAUGUCCAAUAUUUACCCAGGAACAGAUGGAAACAGCUGGUCAUGCCUUCAUAGGUGCUAGUGCUUGCCAUCCAUGGCUUCAGAGGGCACUGCUCUCCAGAACCUGAGGGAACCCAACAGGACAGACGCCAGGUGAAGGCCCCUUCCGGGACCUCUGCCUGCAUCCUGAUGUCUCUGUCAGGUGGGCUUCCAGGAAGCUCAAGGGCAGAGUCACAGAGCAGACUGACAACUGGUGGAGACAAUGUCGUCCCUGUUCAAGACAGGCAGGAGGCGCCCACCACCCCUCUGUGUGCUGGACCCUUGGCUGGUGCCCUGAGGGACCCCAGGGCAGUCUCUGAAGUUUCCUUACUACAGGUCCUCAGCCUGAACUCCUCUGUAUCAUGAGGGGAUGUGAGUUAUGACAAAAAGUCACAAGUAAACACUCAACAGUGUUCUCUAAAAGGACCUGAUUCACAGAAAAGUCCAGAUUCUCUCCCUGCUGAUGCUGAGGGGGGAAAGAAAAAGCCCAGGGCUUGAUUCUGGUUGGACUUCAAAGAGAUACCCAGAAAGUCUACAGAGGGAGCCCACAAAUCCAGCCUCCAUGGGGCCCAGGAAAGAGCAGCUGUUGCGUCCUGUCCUCAAGGGGACUCUGAAAUUGUCCAGGACACAGAGAUCUCAGGCAGGCAGAAAAGGAGGGGGUGGAGUGGCACAGAGGCCCUGCUCACACAGGUUUGGAAACAAAACAGACAUACAGACACGGAGCAGAAAAUUUCACCAGUACUGAGGGCAAAAGGGGAGAGGAGGAACGCAGGGGUAUCUGAAGUGCAGACAAUGGGCUCUUGGAACCACACCGCUCACCGGGCACCCCCCUGUGAUCUCUCUGUUUGUCUCCCGCGUUAAAGACAAACAGCAGAGGGCAGCAGAGGGCCACAGCUCCUGCAGCACCAGGACACUCAACCCUAUUACCCCUCAGAUGAGGCUGUGCCCUUAGCCGUAUUCCAAAGUAAAUUUGGCUGCUUCUCCUUGGAUCCAGCUUGGAGCUCAGUCAAGCUACAGAGAAAGGAGUCAGGUCACACAUUUUGGGGGAGGACUGAAAUUCAGUCAUUUGUUUGUUCAUUCAACUGUUAGGAGUGUGCAUGUGGUUCCCCGCCCUUUUUGAGAUCCUGGAGUGCAGUGGUGAAUGAGGUAGUCUUGUGAUAAUCACACCAACAGGAACAAACGCUAGCCUGGCCUCUGUGCAGGACAGCGCUGUCCUAAGUACUCUACUUGUAUCACUUCAUUUAUCCCUCACAACUACCCUGAGGGAGGCACUAUUAUUUUCCCAGUUUUAUUGGAAAGGGAACUACAGCACAGAAAAUGUGUGUGACUUGCCAGGGUCACACAGCCUCAAAGCCGUGAAUCCAGGCAGUCUGACUCCCGAGUCCUUUUAAUGACUUUGCUGCCCUGACAGAACUUAAAGAAGUAAAUGAUCAAGAUGACAGCAGAUGACUAUAACUGCUAGUAACACAUUAAAACGGGGCACUGUAAGAGUGACUGAGGUUGGGGCACCUUAGAUUCAAUGGUCAGAUAAGGACUUUAUGGGGGAAUAAUAGUGACAUUAAAAGAGGAUCAUCCUAGCACUCAGAUAACCUCUGUUGAGCCCUAGAGGUCCCAGUGCACAGUUCAGGGCCACUUGUGGACCCUUUUGUCCAUGACCGAGCACUCACACACUUCACCUGGAGCAACCCAGAGGUAAUGCUCCCUAGUGAGGGGUGUGCAGAGACAGGCCCGGACACAGCUGGUAGGGCAGGCAGAGGCUGAGCCCCCCAGAGCAGGAUGCUGGGACUGCAGACACUACAUUUAUUAGUUUCCGUACAGACACAUGCUCAAAAGUACAUACAAAUACUCCUGAUCCGUGUACACACAGCUCCUCACGCAGAGGCUCAACUGCCCUGUGCCUCACCUUCUCUGACAUCCCCCAGAGCUGUUCCAGGCCCAGACCCACCCCCUGAAGCCACAGGCAUCAGGAAGGCUCUGGAGAUGCAUAGACAAGGAUUUGGGUCAGCAGUUGCUUUUUCCAAGUGGGGCACUGACCAGUUGAAGGAGAUUAUUUGGAAUCUGACAAUAUGGAGUUAAGCGGGACCCCCUUCACCUCAUGAAGGGCCUAGAAAGAAUGGAGAAUCCCUGGCUUCCUGGCUCUAAGCCUCCCUCUCCUGCAGACAGAGAGCAGCUAUGGUGAUCACCUUUCUUGGGGCAGUAGUUUCCCAAACUGGCAAACAUUCAGAUCACCUAGGGACCUUGUCAAGGUGGCAAAUUCCUGAGGUUUUGAUUCACUUGGUCCAAAAUGGAGCCAAGAUCGUAUGAUUUUGCUGGCCACUACUCUGAAGAGCUGAAUACAUGAGGUGACACAUGUACUCUGCUUAUGAGUACAGGGCAGACAGGCCUUGGGUUGGCAGUGGCUAGCCUAGCCCAAGGCAUUUGUCUAGCUAAUAAACGGCUACUGGCAUUCCACUUCUUGCGUGUGACCCUUAUGUUUGCCUGGUCUAACCGCUGGUCCACAAUUGGAGAUGCUGUCUCCUCCCCACACAGAUUGCCACCAGGGCUGGGAGCACUCCUUGCCAGAGGGCCCCUUGCCCUGAGCUCCUCCUCUCUUCUGUCAGUCACUCAGGGUCACUAGGACAACACUGUUUACAAGUCCAUUUCCUGACAUCUGCAGCCCAGGCCCCCCAUGACAUUUGAUCCUUCCUGGUUGAUGAGAACAAAAAAACCCCCAAUUCCUGGCAGGUUCCAAAGCACAGCUCAGUUUCACAAUCAUGAGCAAACAACCUUCCAGGUCAGAGGUUCAGUGCCAUGACACAUAGCCCGGGGCCAAGUCCAGCUCUGCCUGUGACUGCUGGUACUGGUCAAUCUCUGACAGCCACAGAGAAGGGAAGAAAUCUGGCCCCAGGCAGGAAGGGGAUUUGAGGAACAUGAAUGCCAGGCUACCAGCUGGUACCCCAAGCCCCCAUCCUUGGGCUGGGCAUGGCUAGAGGUAAGAACAGCAGAGCUACAGGCCCCCUAAGAAAGACUGUCCUCCAGGAACAAGGCCCUGCAGCUCCAGGACCCAGAACCCAGGCUGGAGCCUGGCCUUGAACACCGGAUGCUCUGGGAUGUGACCUGCAGGUCCUCAGUCUUUGCAAGAGGGACCAAAAAAAGAAUGGAGCUUGGACAUGGCUGCCUGUUUCCUACUCCAAAACCCAGCUUGGAAAUGAUAUGGCUGACAUCCUUUUCCAUCAAAACAAAUAGUAGGGCUCAAGAGGCGAUCAGAUUCAUUCCCAUUCCUGAAGUUCCAAGGGGAAUGUGCUGCCCCAUUAGCUGUCCUGGGAGUGCCCGGCUUCCUUAGGUUCCCUGUGCCAGAGACAUGAUUGCAUGUCCCUCAGUAAAGGAAACUGCCUGCACUCAGCCCUUGAGAGAGUGAGAGAGACUGGAGUCACCUUGAACCCAUCAUUGCCCUCUUGUUCAGGUGCUGGGAAGCCUGGCUGAACUGCCGUUUCUCUCUUUGGACUCAUGAGAAUCUUGUAUCAUUAGCUAAACUCCACCUUCUUUUGUGCUAACUCUGGUGGAGCCCCCAUUGCUUACUGGAAAAGACUGGGAA